AUGCGGUACCUGAUAGAGUCGUUGCCACGUAUUGGAAGUGUUGGAGUCUAUGUAGAUGAUGUUGAAGAGCUAGUAUUGAAAGAGCUGGGCCCCAAAGCACUCACAGUGAGUUACCGUGGGAAACACAUGUCCUUAGUGGUUAAGAAGACGAUUUCUUUACCUGUAAACAUAUCCCUCUCACAAAAUGGAGUUCCUACUUCUUUUAAGUACAAUGAACAAGGGACAUUUACGCUGAGGUUGAGGGUGCGAUCUGAAUCGGUAAAUGCUACUGACUCUUUAGCCCCGUCGUCAGAAAAGUUUCUGUGGGAUAAAACUCAAUUGAAUGAAAUGGGUGCUUUUUGCUUCCGCUGCCUGCAUUGCGACGCGCCAGUACUAGAUAGCGUAACAAACUGUCUUAAACUUAACAAUAUGCCGUCGGAGUACUGGGCUGAAUUGAUGGAUUAUUGGCACUGCCAUAAACCUGACAGCAGAGAUCCAAAUAUUUCCGCAAAGUAUGGCGCUUUGAAACCGCUGUUAAAUGAGCUGUUGAUCGGGGAGUCCUUUUUAGAAACCAGUCCUGCCACCGUAGCUGGGAGUACUGAAGUAAAUGAUUUGAGGGUAAACUGUUCGAAAUGUGGUACAAAACUUGGUGAGUUAACUAAGGAUGGUCUAUACAAAUUCUACAAAUGGCAACUGAAACUUUACGACAAUUCUAAAAUGUGUGAAUACCUCUUUAACCCGAGAGACGAUGUAAUACUACAACUUUUGAGUUACAUCAGAGGGUACUCGGGAAGAUACAUUCUUUUGAGUUCGCGACAAAACCCGAACAUUAUGCUAUGGGUAUUUGCACUAGACAUCGGCGUCUCUUUCACUGAUGGCAAGAAUUUUCCACAAGCAGUUAAGAUUUUAUACACCACAGACGCAUCACAGUUUGAUACAAUCAAAAAGGCCCAUAAUGUGCAUGAACUCGGAGUCCAUGAUACCCCCUAUACUGCGUUUGUGACGGACCUGGCACAGAACCACGAGUCUUUGCCUGAGGCAGCACAAAAGUUUGAUAUAUGGGAUACCAGCUACCUACCGAUGCCGUAG